UGUCCAAAGAUGGCGUUGAAGGCAGCUCCAGCACAUCUUUGGAAUCGAUUUUUCAGCUGCGCGAGUAUUUCAUAGUUGUGGUAGGCUACGUCUGUAAAUAGAAGCUAGUUAAAAACGGGACAGUUUACGCAAGCGAAGAAAAUGAAUUUUCUUCAUUAUUAAGACGUGAAAAUGAAAUCAGUAUAGCUACAUUGCUAUUUUGCUGUAUUCUGAUUUAAAUAAACACCUGUGACUUCAUUGCUAUAUUUAUUAUACGCUAGGACGUCAAAAUGACAUUGCCUAUGAGUGAAGUAUUCACUUCGUUCCAAGAUUAUCUCAAUACAGAGCAAGAAUUACGUGAGGAAAUUCGGAACAUCGUGAAAGAUAUUGAACAAACAGCCAGAGAAAUUCUGACAACACUUCAGAGCAUUCACCAUGAAGGUGGCAUACAGGAGAUCCCCGCUAGCUGUCAGAAAGCAAGAACAUUAUUUGGUGGCAUCAAAGAGGGCUACAAGAAGUUAGCAGAAAAGAUACCAGCAGACCAUUAUUAUCGGUAUCAUGAUCACUGGCGAUUUGUGAGCCAGCGUGCUGCAUUUCUUGCUUCACUCACCAUCUACCUGGAAUCGGGGCAACUAGCAUCCAGGGAAACUGUUGCAGAAAUCAUGGGAGUGAAAGUUCAGAGAGAUGAAGGAUUUCAUCUGGACUUGGAAGACUAUCUCAUGGGUCUACUGCAGCUUUCAUCAGAGAUGUCACGAUUUGCAGUGAACAGUGUCACUUGCGGUGAUUAUUCCCGUCCACUCCAAAUCUCCAGGUUUGUAGCUGAACUAAAUGCUGGGUUUCGUCUUCUGAAUCUCAAGAAUGAUUCUCUUCGAAAACGCUUUGAUGCCUUGAAGUAUGAUGUGAAGAAGAUAGAGGAGGUGGUUUAUGACCUCACAAUACGAGGUCUUAAACCUGAAACGAGUAGCACCAAUCUCAUGGGUGAAGGAGAUAUUUCAGAGAAAGCCUAACUGUACCUGGAAAUAUCAGCAAAGUAUGUUUUCAAGGUGACUGUACUAUGAUAUGUUCAUUAAAAUGAUUUUUUUUUGUAUCAAGACAAAAUGUUGAUAAAUAUUAUAGACCAUGUUUGGAGA